AUGGAGAAGAAUCAUCCCAUUCUAGGAAGGAAUAAAUCCAUUACUGGAGAGAAGCCAUUCAUGUGCAAAGAAUGUGGGAAAACGUUUUCCCACAAACCAGAUCUUACACGUCAUAUGAGAAUCCAUACCGGAGAGAAGCCAUUCGUGUGCAAAGAAUGUGGGAAAGCAUUUUCCAGUAAGUCAAUUCUUACACUUCAUAUGAGAUUGCAUACUGGAGAGAAGCCAUAUAUGUGCAAAGAAUGUGGGAAAGCAUUUUCCCAGAAACGAGAUCUUACACGUCAUAUGAGAUUGCAUACUGGAGAGAAUCAUCCAUUCAUAUGCAAGGAAUGUGGGAAAGGAUUUGCCUACAAAUAUCAUCUUACAACUCAUAUGAGAAUCCAUACUGGAGAGAAGCCAUUCAUGUGCAAAGAAUGUGGAGAAGCAUUUUCCCAGAAACCAAAUCUUACAUGUCAUAUGAGAUUGCAUACUGGAGAGAAGCCAUAUAUGUGCAAGGAAUGUGGGAAAGCAUUUUCACGGAAAUCAAGUCUUACACAUCAUAUGAGGUUGCACUCUGGAGAGGAAAAAGAAACAACAUGAUAAAAUGAACCAGUUAAGGUAGAGAUCUCUCAAAUGUCCAACUAUAUGACAGAUCAAAUUCACUCACAAAAUCUGCUCAAGAAAAUAAGGAAAAUAAUGAAAAAAUACAGAAUAUGGAAUGAACAAAUCAGUGGAAAACUGGCAGAACACCAAGCCAAUAUAAAGGCCCUAGCUUCACAAAUAGGAAACAAACAACAGAAGAUAAAAGUAAAUUAGAUAAAUAUUCAGUUUGGUGAAAAUUCAAAGAUUGUAUAGGAAGAUGACGAAAGAAACAGUGGAGGUAUGAACACAACUGAGCAAGGAAGACCUAGAGAGAUUUUGGAAGCCACUGUUUGAAAACCAUAGACAACACCUGGAUAUUCAAAUGUAUGGAAUUAGACAACAUCAAUGAGGAAAUAAGAUCUUUCUCGGCAGCACAGAUGAGUGAGUGGAAGACCACUCUCUGUCUAAAACACUCUGAGGGCCAGAUAGUAAUUCCAGACAUAAAGAUCCAAAGAGGAAUAUUCCAGGGUGACAGCCUCUCACCACUUCUAUUCUGCUUGACCAUAAAUCUGCUUAGUAAAAUCUUGAACAACAUUAACACUGGCUAUGACCUAAGCAAAAGCAGAAGCAGAAAAGAGCAUAAAAGAGUGAAUCACCUGCUCCUCAUGGGUGACCUGAAGUUGUUUGCAGAUUCAGAAGAAAAAUUGGAAGAAUUAGUUAGGACAGUCUACCAAUUCUCAAAUGACACCUGCAUGGAAUUUGGGUUGGACAAGUGUGCCAAGAGUACAAUAAAGAGAGGGAAGAGAGUAAUAUCAGAAGGAAUAAAGGUAGAGGAAGGCAUGUUUGUUGAAGACCUGGCAGAGGAGUCUGCAUAUAAGAACUUGGGAAUACAAGAAAACAGUGGUAUAGAACACAAGAAAAAGAGAGAAAAGAUAAAGAAAAAAUACAUCAGCCACCUAAAGAAGACCUGUAAUUCAGAACUAACACCAACGGACAAGAUCACUACCAUAAACCAGCUGGCAAUACCAUUGGUGACAUAUGGUUUUAGCAUUGUAGACUGGCCACAAGGUAAGUUCGACAGGAUGGACAUUAAAACCUGGAAGAUUCUCACCCUACAUAAAUAUUUCCCUCACAGAGAAGGUGGAUUAUGCCUACAGAGCAGCAAUAAUAAGUCAAGGGUAGUACUUCAAAAGCUCUGAGGAUGAAAACAUCAAAAAGGUUGCCCAACACCACAGGCUAAGAACUUUGCAGAUCUGCUAGAAGACACAGAGGGUACUGAGCAGACUCCAGCAAAAACAAUAGCCAGGAAGACCAGUCAGAACUAGUCACAGAGCAAGAACUGGAAAAAUAGUUGAACAGACAAAGAAGAAUCACUUAGAUGGAUAAGAAAUGGAGAUCUAGGUUAUGAUGGAGAAAUUCUGAUAAUAGAAACACAAAAUCAAGACCUAAAAAACAGCUUCAAGAAAAUGGCAAGUAUAUCAGGGAGUGACCAGUGUAGGUUUUAUCAUGCAGCGGUUGAGAGUACGAAUCAUCUGAUAUCAGCCUGCCAGACCCUGCUUGCAGAUGGUCACUAUACAGCCCGCCACAACAAUAUCUGUAAAUAUAUACAUUGGAAAAUACAUAAAGAAUUCAGAAUUGAAGUGAAAGAAAAAGUGUGGGAGCAUGAACCAGAUCCAAUCACCUCCAAUAGGGCCGUUACCAUCUUUUAUGACAAGGAAAUUCCAACAGGAAGAUAUAGAGAAGGAGGUGCUAUAAAACCUGAUAUUGUGACCUGGAACAAGGAGGAAAAAACAGCAAAGAUUAUAGGUGCGACAUUACCCAGUGACUUUGGCCUCAAUAGAGCUGAAAAGCAUAAAAUAACAAAAUACCAUGACCUACAGAACGACCUGAAAAGUACAUGGGAACUGAAGGAAAUAGAAAUAGUACCUGUGGUGGUAGGGCAAUAAGACUUAUAAAUAAAAACCUGAGCAAAUUUCUUCAGGCAAUAUCAAGUUACCCAAGUAUAACUGAGGUGCAGAUUGCUGCCCUCAUAGGAACGGUAAACACCUUGAAAAGAGCCCUUGGAUAUGAGGCUAGUGGAACAUAGAGGUGCAACCAUAGACCCCAGGCUGGAGCCCAUUGCACCCCUGAUAUAAACCGAAAAUUAAGAAUAACAGAAGCCAGAGAGAGAAGCCCAUGUGUAAGAAUGUGGAAAGGAAUUUUACAGGAAACAUCUUAUAAUGCAAAUGAGAAUUCACACUGGAAAGUAGCCACUUUCAGUAAACCCUCAAUUAUCUGCUGCAAUAUAUAUCCAAGGCUCUUGUGGAGAUUGGAAAUGUGUGGAUAUGGUAAACAAUCACUUUAAGAAUGUAAAAUAAACCCUAAAUCGUCAGAAUGAUUACUAGCGCUAAUUCACACCGACUACAUAAGGACAUGUAUGAAGAAUGCUGACAAGAACGUAAACAUUACAGUGCCAUUUGGUGGGAGACGGGUGAUUACAGAGACAGUCUUAGUGGGUUAGCCAAGUGUUACUUUUAAUGAUUUUGUAAUAUGCAGAUUACACCUAAUGGCACAAAGAUAUAAGCUGAUUUUAACAGUAAAUAAGUAUCCAAAUAAUUGAUUAUACGAAAAUUGUUAUUUAGUCCUUUAUUUUCUUGCCUGUAUUGUGACUACAGUACUGUACAGUAUGCGCUAAUAAACAAUACAUAAUGCACUACAGUACUGUGCUGUACACAUAAUGAAAAAGUAAACUGUACAAUACCGUCAGCUGAAUAAAUGCAUACAAAAACUAUCCUGAAUUUCUGUCUCCCUCUCUCAUACCUGUUCACAUUGCCAGAACUGUUUAUUUGUGGCAAACCUGGAAAAUCUCAUCAUGAUGCAUACAUGUAUGUACAAGCACAUGUACGUCAACACAAGCUUAUUUGUUAGAAAGUAGCUGCUAUUUUGUACUGCAUUUUGUUACCGCCACAUUAAUUAAAAAUCUAAUAAGCUUUUCACUCAAAUCUUAUUACAGAUGUAUCACAGCAUUACAUCUUAAGAUAUUAACUUUUUCACGUACUGCACAUCAGAGUUCUUGCUCUGAAUGUGAGCAAUUUAUAGAAACCAAGCAACACUCACUGUGUUCUCUAAGGAAUGGAUGUCAAUCCUUGAAUGCUGGCAAUGUGAGAGAGAGAGAUGCAAAGCUGCAAUUGUCAUCACCUUUGAAGGCUAAAAAGAAAGUUUACACUUCACAUUUGCCUAAUUGAUAACAAGACCUUUUAAAACCUUUAGAGUGAAGAGAGAGAGAGAGACUUACAGAUAUCGUGUACUACAGUAGUUUUUAAAUGGUUACAACUGAAUAAGCAGCAAACGAGAUCUAAAUGGAAUACUUAAUCAUUUUGCUGUCUCUUUGACUUAUAAUAUGGGUAUGAAGUAACUGUUGCUCCCAAUGUAUCCUGAGUUACGAUCAGGACUGAAUGACAAUUGAACAAGAACAAAAGCAAUACUGUACCUGGUCUUUCGUUUGUGUUGUAUGGACAGGUAAUACCUUUAAGUACCUUACUAUGCAAUUACAUUUACAUUGUAAAAUGUUCAGUUGAUUACAUGUAAAUUACUCCUCUGCAACCAUGAUCAUACACAAUGAUGCAUUGUGUAUGAUCAUAUGAUGACGAGUUAAUGUCCCAUGAUAAAUUGUGAUUUACAUAAUUGUGUUUAACAUUAAGCAUAUUCCAUUAAAUGUUUACCCAAUGUUUCAAUUUUGACGUAUGAUUGCCCAAGUUGUAGGUGAUUAUAAGGGGUUUUGAUCAAGGAAGGACUCCAAAAGUUUUGUAAACAAUAAAGAAUAAUCAGGAUAGAGAAAGAGAACAGCAAGCAAGCACACUGCAAGUGUGUAAUUGACUUUAGUAUGAUGCAGAUGGUUAUGUAUAUAAAUAAACACACAUAUGGUGUAUACUAUAUGUGCGUGCAAAUAUAGACACUGAUAAGUAAGAAAAUUUUUGAUGCAACAUGACUGGGCAGUUUAUACUGAUAUGUUAUUUUGUAAUGUUUUCCAAGUUUUUCAGUUCACUGGUGUUGCAACUUGAGAAAAGCCCUUGCUUCAUAUAAAACAAUUUUGUUCAUAAAUUUAACAGUCAUAAAUUCACUGUAACUUUUGGAGUUAUUCUUCAGGGGUGGAAAUGGAAGAGAGUGAUAAUGGGAGACAAACACAAGCGGCCAACGAGAGAUAGAAACUUCUGUGACACAGUCAUGACACAGACAGUAACAUACGCAAUCUAGAGACCUUAGGUGGUUACAGUAGUCAGGUCCAGAGGGCUAAAUACAAAAACAGAAUGUAAAAAAAAACUUUAACUUGAUUGUAAUCACAGUGAUAAUGAAAAAGUAAAAUAUCAGCAGUAAAUACAAUAAUAAUGACAGAAUCUGCAGAUGACAUAUUGCCAAUACAGAGAUUAAGUCCUUUAAGGGACAAAGGCCUCAUUUUCCCAUCUUUCCCACACUUUAGAUCUUACCUCACUUCUUUGUAUGAGCGAGUUGCUGCUGUUCCUCACUCGGGUUACCACAUGGUUUUCUAUGAACAUAUGUGUGGCAGAGUGGUAGUGAGGAAUGUUUGUGAGGCGUCUCAGAAUGUCAUUGUGCACAACAGUGAUACUUCUAAUGGUCUCUCGGGUAUAGUUCGUCCAGAGGGAACACCCAUAGAUACUGUAGCAGUACGAGCGGAAAAGCAACACUUUCAUGUCUCGGUGACAGAAGGCAAACCUCCUUGCAAUCAUGUUGCCAGUUGCACAUAGUUUACGACACCUCUGUUCAAUGUCUGCUGUAUCUUUUAGGUCGUCGGUGAUAAUGUGACCCAAAUACGGAAAUUCGUGCACGAAUUCCAGCCGAUGAUUUCCGAGGAAAGUUUGUGGUUCUGCAAUAUGCUCAAGUGAUCUCAGGAGCAGCGACAUGCACUGGGUCUUGGUUUCGUUGUAUAGGAUAUCAAAUUCCUCUGCAUAUUGGUGGCAAGUGUUGAUGAGUCGUUGGAGACCUUGCACUGAUGGGGAAAUCAGAACCAUAUCGUCGGCAUAACAGAGGUUGUUUAUAGUUGUUUCAUUGACAGUGCAUCCGAUUGGGAGUGAGUUCAGUUUGACAUUCAAGGCAUCUGUGUACGUAUUAAACAGGUAUGGAGAAAGAAUGCCCCCUUGCCGAAGCCCGUUUAGGGAACCGAGGGUGUACGAUAAUAUGUUACCCCAUUUGACACAAAAUUGCUGUGUGGAGAAUCAGCAAUGUAAAAUGCCAAAUAGAAGAAGAGGUUCAUGUAGUUUACUCUGUCAAAUGUCAUGUAAUGAGAACUUUGCUUUUGAGCCAAUAAUGGUCGUGAAAGCUCCUGAAGAGAUAAAGUCUUGGCCCCCACCCCCCACCCCCCAUAAACACACUGUUGCAAAAGUUCCCCAGCAAAGCCCCUCCCCCCCAAUGUGCUUACCCCAGCAUACCACCCUCACAAUACCCUUUUCUCAGCGGCUAUUAACAGCGUUAUUGUUGCAUUUUUCUGCCUAUGCAUUGUUGCCAACCAUACAGGGGGCUUUCUAUUCAUUGUUAUAUAUUGCAAAUAUAUAUUUUAUAAAUAAAUAUAUUUGGAUGUUCCAGUCUUUGCAAAUGUGGAUUAAUGAGAGGUUACUUACUGCCAGGAAUGUUAGAAAGUAUUUACCUAUAAAAAUAAUUGUAGGGCACAUCCACACUACAGCUUAUCUAAUAUCACAAACAGAUUGAAAACAAGAGAACAACUGUAAGUAAAGAAUGAAUCUGGUAGAUGCCAGACAAUGAAAUACACUAUUUAAAAAUCUUGAUGACUUCCAUAGGCUAUAUGAGUCUCGCAGGAUAGUUCAGCAUAGUAGGAAGUCUCUCGGCAAAAUAAAAAAAAGUGCCGAAAGUAAGUGUGUAUCUGUUGUGUAAGUACUAGAGACCUUAAGUAAUUCCUUUGCAUGGGAAAUCUAGUAUAGUCAACUUGAUCAUUUUCUAGUCUUACCUUGUACAGUAUUGCAUAUGUUUCUCAUGUGAAGCAUUGAAUACUAUUUGAAUUACCUUACAGCAUGUCAUAAGGUAAAAUGCUCCAAUGUUUUGUAUCAAACCAGUUGUAUUUUUAUA